AAUUACCAGAGCCCCGCCCAUUUUUGCUCGUUUCGUUCUAUAUUCUCGUUCGUAUUCGUAGCCGUUCGUCGUUCGUUCGGUUCAUUUCAUGUUCGGACUGGUACAUACACGCCUCCUACGGGGUUAACGAGAAACGAGAAGCUCUGUCAUUGUCGCAUGGCCCGAAAAAAUCCAAUGCUGUUGAUUCGUGGUUAACAAUUUUAAUUUCUCCAGUUGAAUUUCCAUUCUACGAAGUCGAAUGAUAAAUCUGGUUUGACUUGCCGACGCCUGAACGAUUCUUGUGCUACGCCAAGUGGUUCGCAUUAUUGAUACGCAGAUUUCUGAAAAUCGGUACACGUGAGGUCCUUCCAAUAUGGAGGAAGAUUGGGAUGCUGAUGGUUUUGAGCCAAAGGAAGUAACUGUUAAAGCUGCUGGAAAAUGGGAUGACGAAGACCUUGAUGAUGACGUCAAGGACAAUUGGGAAGAUGAUGAAGAAGAGGAAAAGAAGGACACUGAGAAGCAAGAGGAAAAAUCCUCUAUUGCACCAGCACCUGCUAAGAAGAACAAGAAAAGUUUGUCAAAAAAGAUUGAAGAAAAAGAGAGAUCUGAACAACUUGCCAUGGAAUCCAAAAAACCAAUGACACCUGAAGAAAGAUUAGCAGAGAAGAAGAGACAACAAAAAUUGCAAGAGGAGGCAGAUUUGCGAGCAGCAAUAGAAACUUUUGGCAUUACCGAAGGCAGUGGUUCUGGAAUUGAUGCUAUGCUCCCUAGCUCAAAAGAAGAAUUUGACGAAUUCGGAAAAGCUCUAGUUAAAAAAAUUAUUCCCUUCUCAAGUUCCCAGCACUUCCCUCUGUUUGUUGAAGAACUAAUUCGAGACGUUUGUGCCAAUCUUACCUCCAAUGAUUUGAAGAAGUUGAAAAACACCAUUGACAACCUACAUCUGGAAAAGACGAAAAUUGAAAAGGGCGACAAGGCAAAGAAGAAAGGAGGAAAGGGAAAGGCAAAGUUGCGAGUGGAAGGUGAAUCGGCAAUUGUGGACGAAUAUUCGGCUUACGACGUUGAGGAAUUUGACGACUUUAUUUAAGCUUUGAGAACAAACAAAGACUUCCUCCAUAGUGUCUAUCAAGGAGCAAUACCUUGAAGGAAACUAUAAGAAAAGGAAAAUUGAGUUCGGCAAAUUAUUUUUGUUUGCUCACUUCAAAUGUAAAUUACUUGAUAUCAAGUGGUGCAAAAAAGCAUGACACGUCUAAAUAUUAAAUGUGUUACUUAUUUCAUAAAAAUCCUGUGCCUAGAGAAAACUUAUGUUUUAAUUUUUAACUGCUAUACUUUCUAAAUUGUAGAGAUUUUUUAAAUGCAAAUGUGGUAAUGGUACCAAUUAAAAAAUGAAUCGGAAAAAAAACAAAAGUUGGGAAGUUUUUUAAGGAUGAAGGGCUUCAUUCAAAACGCAGCAAAUGUUACUAGACUGGGUUGUUUUAUAUUUGUGAAAAUCUUUAAUAUACUUUAUGACAACAGUUCUGAAGAAAAUGCGAACAUAAAAAUUUGGAUGCGUGAUGUUAGAAAUUGAAAUAAAAUUUUGUAAAGCUAAA